AUGUGCAACUAUCGCUAUAUCUAUUAUUCUAGCUGCCGACAUCCCGAGUUCACUCUGGUCAACUUCUGCGACAAAGCCUAUGAGCGCGCUGUGCUGGGGGCGCCUCAGCCUCGCGACGCAGCAGAGGGCGUGGAACCUCGGCUUGAGCACAACACCACAGCCACAGCCUUAGACAGCACGACCUACAAGCCGUCCGGACAAACCGCAGGACAUGGAAAACACGGUGCAUGCGCAAGCGUCGUAGAGCAGCGGGCGGAGGGACCGGAGGUGUCGCUGCAGCCACCCGCCCAACAGGCUGAAGCGAAGCAACAAACACCUCCUCCGCCCACAUGGGCUUCAGUUGCCCGCAUCGCCGCAGAGGCUAAUUCCGGAUCGGUACCACAAGCCACCCCAGCCUGUGUGAUGGCGUCAAAUGCUUUGUCGUCACCUGCGCAACGUCUUGCUGCACGCCUCGACUCCGCCAAGACAGCGGGUGACAGUAACGCCUCCAGCAUGCACAGUUCCGACCCGUUUCAGCCAGCACCGGGGAACCGGGGAAACGAAGACUCGAGUAGAGGCAGGUGGGUCGGAAGGGGCAGUUACAGAGGCGGAGGCGGCGGGCGCAGAGGCUCGACGCUGUCGACCGUCACCGAGCACGGAAGCGGCGGCUGGGACCAGACUGUCCGCGCCGCGAGGCCGCUCCAGGAACACGUCCGCUCUCCCACGCCCGAAGGCACCAGCAUCGAUAUCCGCUCGCCCGCUGAGUUUCCGCUGCUCUCUCCCGUCAGCGCACCGCUAUCAUCCACUCUCCCAGCCCGAGCUCGGUCUUCCUCUGCGUCAUCCUGGGCGCAUGUCGCGAGACUGGUCAGCGUAGAUCGGCCCGAUAGCAGUUCCACAACGGAGCCUACCGCCGAAUCUGACGCUGGUACAGUCUCAACCUCCCCGUCAUCCUUUGCGAGUGAUAUACUUGACCCUACUUUGCUAGUUGUUCCUUCUAUUCCCGCCAUGGCGCCACCCCGUGCUUCCGGUGCGACCCUCGAUUUCAGGAGGCCGCAUUCCAGCACCAAUGCUGCGCACCAGUCAGGCAGUCCCAGGAGACGGCUGCCGGCAGAGUGGACCGGUGGGCUGCAGCUAGGCUCUGAGAAGACUACACCGGCCGUGACCAAGCGAAAGUCACUUGGGAACCUCGGGAGGCAGUUCAAGGCCGCCCAUGAGGGAUCAACAGUCACGCCAAAGUCUCCUACCAAGGUUGUGCCUUUUGUAUUGGCAACCGCUCGUCGAGCGGCAGCGCGCGAGCAGAAAGACAAAACAUCAGGCACGGCCAAGCUCGUUCCCGCUGUACCGAAGGCAGUGCCCCCAGACAAAGCAGGUUCGAAGACCUAUUCCAAAGCUUCUUCUUCUGAUAGCACCUCCACGUCUCAAUGCCAGACUGCAGCUGCUUCCCCGUUCCCAAGCGGCUCGAGCCAGAGCUUUGCCACUGCGCGCGAAGAGCCUUACCACCCACUCCCGCAACCCGGUUCUCCUUCGCGCAUUCCGAGGCUGGUGGUUGCACUCGGUCGGAGCGGCGCACCCAGAACAAGCGGAUCUGAGCCAUCACCCGUCCGACCAAAGCCUCUACAUGAGGCCAGUGUGUCCGAGACGGCCUCUGAGCCACCAGCCGAUAUUCAAAGGACGCCCUCUCCGGCGGCGCCACCCUUGCAAAACAUCGUCACCAAAGACCCUUCUCUUAGUACUGCAAGUUCAGAAGAUGAAGUUAAAACACUUGCUACUUCCGAGAGGAAAGAGGGCGGAGUCGCUGCUAUCGACAUCGCGAGGUCUGAAAUGAGCAGGUCAAAUGAAGCCAUCGCAGAGGCUAGCACCGCUGUGGCAGAUAUCCGGCAUGCUGAGCAUCCACGCUCGCAUGUUCACUUUGCGGAAGCACGUGAGGCUUCGCAGAACAAGAUCGGCUUGAGCAUCGCGCACAACCCUUUGGGUCUUUCGUUCGAAACCAGUGAACAUCCGACUGUACCGUCACCGGAUGGACUACAGGGUUUCGGUUAUAUUCAGCAUUCUUCCCAGGCCACAAGCCCCAUCGCUUCGUCAGCUACACACGCCGAAGCUAUAUCUCACUAUGCGGAGAACUCGAAUAUUGAGAGAGAAGCGUCCGAGAAGAAGUCAACUCUGGAUGAUACCGAACAGAACGAUGCACGGUCGCCGGAGACCAUUAACACUUGGCCAGAGACGUCGGAUAUUAGCGCAUCUCAAGAAACCGAGUUCGAGAGUAUGUCACCUGGCUCCAAGGCCAGCCGCACGCCUGAGGAGGGAAGUUACGGGCCUGUACUUGAGAGCCUAUUCGAGGCUGAACUGGAAGCAGACUCGGAAUUUUCGUUCGAUGAGGAUCAAAGCAGUAGCUCAAAGCCCUUUGAGGAUUCGCAGUGGCCGCUGCAUUCACUCGAUAGCGGCAACAAUUCCAACGUGAGGGCUAGCAAAGAAGGUGCGCUUGCGAGUUCUGGCAACUCGAUUGGAACCACGACUUCCACGUGUAUCAGCGUUCCUCCACACAGGCGUGCGGCGUUUGCAUCACGUCCAUUCAAUGGCAACGCGAUGACUCCCAGCAGGCUGAACGCGCAAGCCCAAGAGUUUGUCCCUGGAGGCAUCCAGUUUGGCAACCAGGUUCUAGUCACAGCCAGCCGUGGGACUCACGCUCGCCCUCAGAUGCCGCCAGAGUGGAUGGUCACGCAAUCUACCGAUUAUACGCCGGGUAAAAUGUUGCCAAACCAAAGCUCUACCACUGAGCCAACCGCUUCGUGCACAGGCAGAAAGGGAAAAAAGAAGAAGAAGGGGCCAAGAAGGUUUUCUGAGGAGCACAGCAACUCGAGGGACCGUCCAUCGGACACGGAUGCAAGUGUGUACAACCCACAUCCGUCGUGGUCCGUUUCUUGGUCGUCUAGCUCUGCGGGAGGCCCUUACAGUACAGUCCCUGGGUAUUUUGGUACCACCGGGGUCGAAUACGGUACACCUGUUGGGCCUUCUGGUGGCAGCUGGAGUAUUUCAAACGUGAGCCGGGACUUGGGAUAUGGUGGUGCUCUUCGCACGAUCACCAACGCGUCGUACGGCCACAGGCCCAAAACACCCAAUCAGGCUCCGAGGGCACCGUACCUAGGGCGCGGAGGCAGCGGCAUGCCUGCUGGCUCGAUUCCCAAAGGAAAUGAGCAGGUCGAGAAGUUGCGGGACGAGGGCUGGACCAGCACCAACGGCGGGCCUCUGACGCAUGGCGCGGUGUACGAGCACCUUCGAUCGGCGGACAAGGCCUGCGAGAAGCAUCCGAGCAUCUUUCCGCCCUUUUCUGAAGACGGAGCCAGGGAGAAGUCGGGCUAUGGCACGCUCAGGCCUUGCGGCAAUGUCAACAUGGUCGGCGCCUUUGAAGCGCUGCCGCAUUACCCACUGCUCUGCCCCAAAUGCCAACCUGACUCGCAUGAGAGCAUGCAGGCUUGA